UAAUUCUUCCAAUGACUCUUGAGUGUUGUACCGCUUUAAGAGAGCAAUACAUUUAACACACAUUCUUUGAUAGUUCUCAUAAGUAACAUUCAAUUGCUGGAUAGCGCCCUCUAGUUGUAUUGGCUCAUGAGAUUGUUGGGAGAGAGCAAACAUGCAUUUAACAGUAUUAGACCAUAAGUUAUUAAUAUUAGACAGUUGUUCUUCCUUGUCAGCAUUAAGAUUCUCUUGCACCUCCCAGGUUGGUUUUGUUAAGCGUUUUUUUUUCUUUUGUCUAAGUCCUGCUCUGGAUGUAGCUCUGAUUGUGGUUGUGUAUUAGUUUCCCCAGACUGUAUAUUACUUUCCUGAAACAUCAU